UCAAACAAAAACCUUCCUGGUUUACUUAACAUGGUUUAUUUUUUGCAAAUCAAGAAAUAGGCGAUGGCAGCAGAAGAUAAAAUUAAAUGGUCUGAGGAAACAUUUUCCAUACAAGAUGUAGCAUAUAACAAUCUACCUACAGUUGUCAAAGUUGCCGAUGGAUAUUACAGCGAAAAUGAAGCCGAAAGCUUUUCAAAUGGCGAUCUUAUCAAACUGGAUUUUAAGAAAAGUUAUUCCAAAGUACGAGGGCGGUGCGUUGGUGGUAAACCGAAAGUAGACGAUCUGGGAUACUUAUCCCCUGACAGAGACAUACUGAUACCACUGGGAUAUAAAGGAAAAGUAAAAGUCGAGUGUGUGCAGAAUACCUUUAACAGUGUUGAGGAAUUAAUAAAGCACUUCCCCCACUUCGUUAAAACUGGACGACCUAUUACUGGGAAACGUGGGCUUUAUUCCACCGAAGAGAUCCGAAUCGAGAAAGGAGUCACACUUCAGUUAGAUAGAGUGAUUCCUGAAGCUGGACUUGUGUGCAAGAUUGACGAAAAAGAAGUACUUCUACCAUCAAGUCAGCUUGCACGAUUUUAUUUAGAACCAGAUGAGAAAGAGUAUACUAUACGCGAAGUUGUAGACAAGUUUGAAUUGCCACAAUACAUUCGUUUCUUAGAUGCAGAUUUCGAAAAAAUAGUGACCUCCGACUUGACAGAGGCUAUUGACAAUAUAAACCAUUUUCAAGGAUACUUACAGAUCAUUGGUCUGAUUCAACAAGAAGUGGUUGUUGGUCACCACAAGCCAACUCUAGUUGGAACUUUGAAAGAAAACGCAAAUCAGAGGGCCAUAGCCAUUCUUCCACUUGAUAGUGAGGCUGUGAGGAAUAUUGAGGUCUAUCUUCCAGUGUAUGAAGAGGACAAUGAUUAUGAAUUUUUCUUGGCCCGAAAUUUUUCUAAAAAUAUUAAUAUGGAUUUGGUGGAUGGUGGACUUUAUCUAGAAUUUAGCAAGUCCCCCAAAAUCCAUCUGUUGAAUACAGAAGACGAGGAAUCCCCACCACCUAGACCACCGCCUCCUCAUGGCAAAACCAAUAGGAGAAAACCACCGACUGUUCCAAAGACUCAACAUGAUAUUCAAAAACCAUCUGCCGGGGGGCCAGAAUUCAGACAUGCUACUAAAAUCAAAGAAGAUACUAAAUCUAAUCCUUCUCCAGGUCCAAAUAAAAAGAAACCACCACCACCCAUUAAAGUUAAGCCUAAGAAGGUUUCAUCAAGGAAAGAAAAAACUGACCGGGAACAAGAUUCCGAUGAUGAGGAUGCGGGUGAUUAUGAAGAGAUGAGUGUGUUAACACCACCCCCCGUUACCAAACCCUUUUCCAGAAUCCAACCUAUCGCUAGAAAGCAGCCACCGAUUCCUCUAUCUUCGUUACCAGUUUUAGAAGACGAUUCCGAAGAUGAUGAGCCAGAGAGUGCUUAUGAAGAGAUUCCAGAUAUCCUGGAAGUCGAAGACUCUGGUGCCCAAAAAUAUUCCAAGAAAACUGGACUAGACUUUUCAAAGUUUCCAAAGACCUUUAGAGUUGGCUUGAAAAAGGUCCAUAAUGAGUUGAAGAAAUUGAAGCGCUCACAUUCCGUUGAAGUAAAAAGUCCCCCUUCUUCUCAAGACCUCAAUGUUCCACCCAGCAUUGACGAUCUCAGCCUGAGGGAUAGUGAUGACAGUGAUGAAGAGGAAUCACUUGCGUACGACUACCCAGACCUGACAAAGCUUGCGUCCAUGCCACGUCCUCCUCCUGUGAGCGAUACACCUCGUUAUCAGGCGUCACUAAGAGUAACAAAACCAGUUGGCAAAAUACAACCAAUAUCUCGCGAGGAGAAUCCAACGAAGAAAUUCAGUGACAUGACAACCGAGGAAGUCGUAAGCUUGUUUAAAAUGACCAAGUUACCAUCGUUGGCCACUAUGUGUGAAAAAGAAGGUUUGGAUGGAAGCUUCUUCAGUUCUCUCAGUGAGACAGAGUUGAAAAAUGCGUUCAAACUUAGUGAUUUGCAAUUUAUCAAAGUGAAUAAAAUCAUAAAUGAAGGAUGGCGCCCUCACGUAAACUAAUAAUAAUCUUAGAAUUGAA